ACUAAAGUCCCGAUGGUUGCAGCCCAAUCGAGCGACAACGCGUUGAUCAACAAGUACCUAGGCGAGCAACGCUCUAAACCGAAAGUACCAGAUGGUACGCAUCCCACGUUUACCCAGGGCAUGGUCGGAGCUGCAAUCACUCUACGCAUGAGUGUUUUCGAAUGCUACAACUUGGUGUCUCUGUGCACUGUUGCAAAUCCAAACAAGGUACAAGAGGAGAUGGUAGGGACAGUAUAUACAUGGUGGACGAGGGAGCAUCAGCAAACGGGGACUUUAAAGGCUAUCACCGCAAAAGCCGCCAUUCAACGUCAUGACGCUGCAGCAGAUUUGUAAUUAUCCGCGGACCAUCUGGACUACGGCUAUAUAAACGACAGAGCACGGCAUGUAUUCCUUGUGACGGUUAUUGCGCAUCCGAUCGCCUCGCUGGGACGCCUUGCCGAUUGUAUCUAACAGGUACCCCGCCACCCGUCGCCAGUGUCUCCCCCCACCACCACCAAAACACAAUCAACCAUGCCUUUCGACGUGCAAGCGUUGCUGAAGGAGUCCAAGGCCGAGUACAGGCAGCUUGGGAAGAGUGGACUGAGAGUUUCUGUACCGAUUCUUGGUGCUAUGAGCAUUGGAACUAAAGAAUGGCAGCAAUGGGUCAUUGAAGAGGACGAAGCACUGCCGCUUCUCAAAGCUGCUUACGAUCGUGGAAUUACAACUUGGGACACAGCCAAUGUGUAUUCCAACGGCGUGUCCGAAGAGCUGAUCGCCAAAGCCAUCAAGAAGUACAACCUCCCGCGGCACAAACUCACCAUUCUUUCCAAAUGCUUUGGUGUUGUGGGAGAGUCGCCCGACGUGCGUAGCGUCCUCUUUCGCGACGAGAUGCCGCAGCUCAAGGACUACACGAACCAGGGCGGGCUCUCCCGCGCUGCCAUCUUCAACGCCGUAGAUGCAUCGCUCAAGCGUCUAGACAUGGAAUAUAUGGAUCUGCUACAGAUCCACCGCUUCGAUCCCGAUACGCCGCUCGAGGAGACGAUGGAGGCGCUGCACGAUCUCAUCAAGAGCGGCAAGGUUAGAUACAUUGGGGCCAGCUCCAUGUGGGCGACGCAGUUUGCGCAGAUGCAGUUUGUGGCCGAGAAGAACGGAUGGACCAAGUUCAUCAGCAUGCAGAACCACUACAACCUUCUUUACAGGGAAGAAGAGAGGGAGAUGAACCGAUUCUGCAACGCCACGGGUGUUGGGCUGAUCCCGUGGGCGCCCCUCUGCCGCGGACACCUCGCGCGACCGGCGUCGGCCUUCGGACAGACGAUUCGGUCCGAAGCGGAGAAGAAGAACGGCAGCUCGCUGAACCAGGACUCUGACAUGAAGACGAUUGCGCGCGUUGAGGAACUAGCGAAGAAGCACGGGUGGAGCAUGAGCACGGUGGCGCUUGCGUGGAUCAACAAGAGAGUGGCCAGUCCUAUAGUCGGGUUCAGCAAAGUGGAGAGGAUGGACGAGGCGUUGGAGGCGAGGGGCAAGGUGCUGUCGGACGAGGAGGAAGCGUAUCUGGAGGAGUUGUAUACACCCAGGAGGAUCAUUGGACACUGA